GCCAUCUUGCGCGGAGCUUGAGUCGGUGCCCGAGGUUGUGGCCUAGAGUGAGUGCGAGUCUGUUGCCCUGCCUCGCCCCGGCCCUGCCUCGCCGCUGCUCGAUCCCACCACGGCUCAAUCCCGCUGCGGCCCCACCGGAGUCCUCGUUCGCGGAGUCCCCGCAACUAGCCCGGGUCCAGCCUUUCGAACCUCACCCCGGCCCGGUCCGGCCUCCCCGCGGGGUCACGCGGCCGCCCCGGGGACGAUGAACGGAGGAUAAAUGGUGCCCAAAGCAGACAGCGGUGCUUUUCUGCUGCUCUUCCUACUCGUGCUCACAGUUACUGAGCCGCUGCGACCAGAUGAAGAGACAGCUUGGAGGAGUAAGUGACUUGCCUAAGGUCACACAGCUUCUAAGAUGGAGCUUAUAAGGUGGAGCUGGUAUUUGAAACCUGGGCAACCUAGAACUCACACUCUGACAUUGUACAACUUCAAGCUGCGGUGCAACCCUGGGCAGUUUGCCUGUCGCAGUGGUGCCAUCCAUUGCAUCCCUCUCCCCUGGCAAUGUGACGGACUGGCAGCUUGUGAGGAUGAGAGUGAUGAAGCUGACUGUCCAGAAGUAACCGGGGAGACACGUCCUUACCAUGGAAAGGAGGCUGUGGAUCCGCGGCAGGGGCGGGCCAGAGGAGGUGACCCCACACAUUUCCAUGCAGUGAAUGUGGCACAGCCUGUCCGCUUUAGCAGUUUCCUAGGGAAGUGCCCAACAGGGUGGCACCACUAUGAAGGCACGGCCAGCUGCUACCGUGUUUACCUGAGUGGGGAGAACUACUGGGAUGCUGCACAGACUUGCCAGCGUGUGAAUGGCUCACUUGCCACCUUCUCCACUGACCAGGAACUGCGCUUCAUCCUGGCCCAGGAAUGGGACCAGCCCGAGCGGAGCUUUGGUUGGAAGGACCAGCGCAAGCUGUGGGUUGGCUAUCAGUAUGUCAUUACUGGCCGGAACCACUCCUUAGAAGGUCGCUGGGAGGUAGCAUUCAAAGGCUCCUCAGAGGUGUUCCUGCCCCCCGACCCCAUUUUCGCCUCAGCCAUGUCUGAGAAUGACAAUGUGUUCUGCGCCCAGCUCCAAUGCUUCCACUUUCCCACACUUCGGCACCAUGACCUCCACAGCUGGCAUGCUGAGAGCUGCUAUGAGAAGUCUUCAUUUCUGUGUAAAAGAAGUCAAACUUGUGUCGACAUCAAGGACAACGUGGUUGAUGAAGGAUUCUACUUCACUCCCAAAGGGGAUGACCCAUGCUUGAGCUGUACCUGCCAUGGAGGGGAGCCUGAGAUGUGUGUGGCCGCCCUCUGUGAGCGGCCUCAGGGCUGUCAGCAGUACCGCAAAGACCCCAAGGAAUGCUGCAAGUUCAUGUGUCUGGACCCAGACGGCAACAGCUUGUUUGACUCUAUGGCCAGUGGAAUGCGCCUAGUCGUCAGCUGCAUCUCCUCCUUCCUCAUCCUCUCAUUGCUGCUUUUCAUGGUCCACCGGCUACGCCAGAGGCGCCGGGAGCGCAUUGAGUCACUGAUUGGAGCAAACUUGCACCACUUCAACCUUGGCCGGAGGAUCCCUGGCUUUGACUAUGGCCCAGACGGAUUUGGCACAGGUCUCACCCCACUGCAUCUUUCUGACGAUGGGGAAGGCGGGACUUUCCACUUCCACGACCCUCCGCCUCCCUAUACAGCUUAUAAGUACCCAGACAUCGACCAGCCUGAUGAUCCACCACCGCCCUAUGAGGCCUCCAUCAACCCCGACAGUGUAUUCUACGACCCUGCAGACGAUGAUGCCUUUGAGCCCGUGGAAGCUGGCCCACUGAACCCAGGGGAUGGAGACACUGAAGGUGCAUUGCCUCGGCACUUGGAGCAGCCUCUGCCCCCUGCGGGGGCCUCCCUAGCAGACCUGGAAGACUCUGCUGACAGCAGCAGCACCCUGCUUGUGCCCCCAGAACCUCCCCAGAGUGGGAGCACCCCAACUGCAGAGGUGCCACCAGUGGGUGGCUGCCAUAAUCGUGGCUCCCUCAAUACCAUGGUGUAGAUGGCUUAGCUUACAGUUCCAAUGGGCUAGAGCACCUGUUGGCUGUCAAGAAGACAUUGGUUCCUGUGGGAGGGGCCACAGCCUGGAACCCUGUUCCACUGCUGCAUACCCACUGGCAAGCGUGUGUGUACAUAGAAUGCGGCCAGCCUCCCUCCAAGAGGAGCAAGCAUCUGUGCUGUUUCCUUGAGGGGUUCACAAACAUGGCAUAGCUUUUGGUCACUAUCCCUUUUUAAAUGGGAGAAGGACAAAAUGUUCAAACCAUGCGUUUUGGAGGUAGGGAACAAAAGGUACUGAGCUAUGCUCAAAUAAAACACAUCUUGGGCUUGCUCACUAUAAUGUGCCACCCAGUGAAGUCUGCUGGCCAGUCACCAACCAAUCGCUGAGUCCCAGGGCAGGUGGAGCAUGGGGCUGCCUUUAUGCCCAGGAGGCGGAAGGGGGUUUUUGUGGACACUCAUUGUUAAAGCAGGGGUUUUCCAAGGAGACAGCCUUUGGGUCUGCUAUCCUGGCUGCUCUGGGGAUAACCCUUCCCAGUAUAGUUGUGAACGUCAAGAUACCUGAAGCCCAAGAAGGGGGCCUAGAAGGAAAUUGAACUUACUGCCCACUUUCCACUUGGGUUCUGUGAAACCCAACUCUGUGCCAGGAGGCCCAAGUUCACCCCUCCCAUCUCCAAUGCAUUGCUGUGCAUGGCUCCCCCAGGUGGAGGCGCUGGGUCUACACUGAGGGUUAGGCGCUAAGCGAGCUUCUAUCUGCUCUGGGCCCUACCUUCUGUUGAAUGGCCUCUGGGCCUGGUAUGCUUCCACCUCACCUUGUUUGUGCCAUAAAGGAUUGUUUCUUUGGGGCAAGGGGUGGCUAAAGGAACAUCCUGGGCUGUGUCCAUCUUCUGCAAGUCCACUUCUUGCACCAUUGCCACCAGUGGAAUUCAGUGCGUGGUGGCUGCAUGCACACCUUCCCACCCCUCAGCAGUACUGGGUGCUGGGGGUCUUUUGUCCAUGGGACCCUGUUGCCUGUUCAGGGCAGUUUUCUUGUCUCAUGACACAGGCCUUUAGCAUUUCUGAGUUUGGAGAUUAAGCGGGUUCUGUGCGAUUUUUUAGCACAUUCAUAUCUUUUCUACGUUGAAUGUCUGGAUCUUUUCUUUUGUGUGUGUGUCCUUGUGUGUCUGUUUGUGGCCAGAUGUUUGCAAGUGAUGGUUCACAGGAACUUGGGGUCAGGUAGGGUUCUACUCUCCCAAGUUGGCCAUUUCAUCUUAGGUUUCCAGACAGAGCCAUGUCUAAGCCUUUGCCCUUGCCCAUGGAUCAUGGAUCUGGGCACCUUGUGCCACUGAGGAAAAUCAAUGGGAAGAAGUGAGUAAGGCAUAUGGUUCAGCGGUACUUUGUGGUGACUGGCCUUUGUGCAUAGUUCAGUUUUAGACACAUUCUCUUACUGGUUGGAAACUUGUUUUCUUUCUGUGCAGAAGAAUUACAGGUUGCCUAGACCUGACCAGAGCUGGCUGGAGGUAUAAAUUUUUGUCAUUAAACAAGCUGUUCCUGGGCUUGGCCCACAGGAGCCAGAUCUAGAGGCUGCGCUUCUCUUGUCAGAGGGCUUCCUUGGAAUCAUAGCCACAAGGACCCCACACCCACUGUUGAGAACAAAGCAGGACGCAUGUAGUGUCUCCAAUAUGUUCAUUGAGCUGGGCAGUCAGACUCUAAAGCGGCCAUCAAGAAUCUUGUUGCCCGGAGACCCAAAAGGAUCCUGAGGAACACCCCAGCAGAGCCCACACACAGGGAUGGCACCAGCAGUUCAGCGAGACUUCAGAACCAUGUGUACAGGGCAGCUGGCAUGAGGUGUGUGGACCUGGGAAGCUUCCUCUGGGGACCAAAGGACUAUUGGGGCCAGUCAGGCACCUAGAGGAGGCAUUGAGGAAGAGGAUGGGUUGCUUUGGAUCUAGCCAGGUGUCUGUUAUGGGUGCUCUUCCAUUAUUGCCCAGUGGCUCCUUUCCCCUGGGAAGCAUCAGGCCGGCCCUUGGGGUACAUAGCCCACUGAUGUCCUGAGACUGGUCAGAAGGCCUGUUUUGCAGGACUGCUGAGACACUAUUGCAGCUCCAGGUGUUGUGCUGGGGACAGUUGUGAAUGGAGCAAGGAGAGCUGGGAUCUGCCCUUAUGUUCCCACCUGCCAUCUGUCAUCCUGUGUGCCAUCUUUUGCAAGAUCUGGUUGUACUCCAUAGGCCAGCCUUGCUGAGACUUGUGUUCUUGUGUGAGAUGCUCCCCACCCACUCCAUAAUAGGGCCCUGGAGGGACCGACCAAGCUCCUGGGAGGGACCCCCUCCCCCAGGACUGCCUUGCCACUGUUUCUGAUUGGGGCCCCCUGACCUGCCUUGUAGAGGUGGAAUUUGAUACUGUACAUUGUCUCAAUGCUUGUUUUUACAUUUUCCUUUCACUAAGGGUUUUAGUUCAGGUGUAUUUUUGGUCCAGUUGACACUAAUCCUUUUCUUAAAAUGCUGUGAGAACCAUUUCAUCCAAAUGCCAAAUAAACUUGUGUUCUGGAA